AUACAUGCCUUUUCCGCCCCCGACUCAAUCCCCCUCCCCCCUUUCCUUCCAGUCUACUACUCCUCUCAUCCCCCAAAAUCUCCUCGCGAAAUCGGACGCAGAUUUGCACCGCGAGGGCGCAUCGACGCCGCAUCCAUGGCUGCCGCCGCGUUCUCCAUCAGGGAGUACGCGGCGAGCAAAAGGGGCGAGGUGAUGGCGGCGGCAGAGGGGCAGCUGCGUCCCUUCGGGCUCAAGGAUCUCCCGCCUAUGGAGGCGCCGAGGUUCCGGUGGUGGGCGGACGAGCUCGCCUCCGCCGUGGCAGCUGCGGCGGCGGCGCCAUCCCCGAGGAAGGCGAAGCAGCCCAAGGAGCGGUCCAUCUCCGACCUGUUCGCCGCGGCGCCCCCCGUGGCCGUGCCCCCGGCCGGCGAGGGCGGCGAAGACCAGCAGCCGGAGGAUGACGACGACGAGGCGCUUUGCGCGAUCGUGAGGCGGACCAAGGAGAAGAAGAUGAAGCGGAAGAGGAGACCGCAGGAGGCGGAGGGGGAGGAGGCGGCGGCGACGGCAGCGGAAAGCAGUGGAGCACAUGAGGCCGAGGCCGAGGGGAAUUUCGCGACCAGAAAGAGAAAGGAAGCACUUGACAAGCCAAAUUCGCCUGAUGAAGUGGAUACUCAGCCAUCCAAGAAAACUGAAGCUCUAGAACAUCUCAGAAAAGAGAGGGAAAAUAUAUCCAAGAGACCAAAGCAGGGGAACAUCAAUAAUAUGAAGAAGAAGGCUGACACAAUAAAAUACAUUGAGAGCAAAAAUGCUAACAAACGUGGCAUUCUAAAGAAGUACACAAAGCACACAUCUGUCAAAAUGGUCACGGAGAAACAUGGCAAGUCAAAAGGCAAGGAAGUAAUAGAACUCUGUCGCAAAUCAGUGAAGCGUGUCAAAUUCUCAGAAGCAAAUGAUAUACUUGGCAGUAAUAUGCAAAGUUGCGAGCUACCGAAACAGCGAAGUCUCCGCAGAUUGCUAUCUGAUUGUAUGGCUUCAUCAUCAUCCUCGUCUUCAUCAUCAUCCACCUCUGCUGAAGGAGACAAAAGCACAACUGCAGAAAGCAUCAGUCCUCAUAUGCCUGAGGAAGCAUUCACCAAGACGAAAGAAGCAAAGCGUACAGAUCUUGAGGAUUCUCCAGAGCUUAGUAACACAGAGCUGUCCUCUCCUUUGAUUGAUCUGAAUAAGGCACUACCAGAAUCUACUGAUUUGGACUACAUGUAUGAUUCGAAUUCAGAGGUGCGAAACCUUGAUCAUACUUUAAAUUCUGAUGUCGAAUUGCUUGAUGGGAGAGAAAAGCAGAGGAAUUUGUCUUGUGGUCCACACGUACUGGAAAGCCAACCACCUCCUGUUGACUUGGAAAGUAUUAUGAAUUUGAGAUCGACAGGCACAUUUUUGCAUGGUAAGAAAAUGUGUGACACACAUAUUGUUAGUCCUCGAUUGAGCUUAGGAGAGCUCCAUGGGACUCAUCAUGAUUGCAGUGAUGUUCCAGUAAAAGAUACGCUGCCUGCGAGUACGUCCCCUUGUGCAUUGCCAGACCGUACAUUUCAGGACCCAUUUAAGCAGCACCAGAAUUGGUCCUCCACCAGUACGAAUCAUGGUGGCUCCCAGCUUUCUCUGGUCAGAAAUUUUUCAUCCUGGCAAUCUCGAGAAUGUAAUCUGCCUGGCAGCAAGGAGUUCCAUUUUUGUUCUGAAGUGCAUGUGCAGCCCGAGCAUGGUCCUUGCACAGGACAAACAGUUCGUUUGAUGGGCAAGGAUCUUGCAGUCGGCACGACCAGAGGUGAAUCUUCUGUUGAGACUUCACAGAAACAUACAGGUACUUCCAUCAGUGGCCAUCUUAAGACAAAUGUGUUAUUGGACUUGCCGCGACAAGCACAGCCUUUUGUCUCUUCGCAAGCUCAAAGUUUCCCCAAUGUUACAGUAAAUGCUACUACCAGCACAAUCCAUUCUUCAACAUAUCAUGCAAGCACAAGUCAGGCAUAUUUUGGAUACAGGACGCCACAUGAUUUCAGCCACCCUGCCCGUGCAGCUAAUGUAUUGGCUGGACAUCAGUUGGCAUCUGAAAACAGGUUUGGAGAUUUUACGAAUUCGCAGACUAAUCAACCUGUUCUAUUGGGAUGUCCACCUCUUCCUAGUCAUGGCACUGCAACAUUCCCACAGAAUCCGCCACAUCCUUGGCGUUAUUACUCUGAUCCUUUCACUAGGACAGAACCACCCAGAGCACCAUUUUUGCCUACAACAAGAAAACAUGGGACACCAUCUUCAGUUCUCCGUGCCAAUUUACCUCAGCCAUAUGUUGUGCGUUCACCAAGCUCUUCAGUUUGUCAGCUUAACUCUGUGAGUCCUACAUCCCGCCAUCCACCCUGGGUAGUUCAAGAAGCUUCUGACAGCAGAAAUGUUGCAGCCACAUCCAGAAAUUCAGACAACGGAACAAGUAGAGCUGUUCCUGGCAAUACCAAAGCUUCAUCUAGUGGCCCCUCUGUGAAGAAGAGAUCAGGUCCGGUGAAGCUCACUCCUGGGGCGAAGCAUAUACUGGUGCCAAGCGACAGCACAGGGGACGGCAAUUCUGUGCCUGUGUACUCCUGUGUCUCUUUUGGAAGUAGCAGCGGAAAUGCUGCAGCAUCUCAGAACAAAGGAGCAUGACAUCGUUUAUGGAACUUCUGUUUCUCAGCAUCUAGCUGGCAUUGUGUGAAUCUAGAAGUAUCGAGUCUACUAUACGUUAUUCUAAUUGAUUCUUCUAGUUUGAGCAUUUUGAGAAAACGUUUUCAUUUUCCUGUCUAUAAAACUAGACUUGACCAUCCUCUUACAGAAUAGCUGUGAUACUUCAGAUGCUUGUUUGCUUGCUUAGGAGUUGUGUAUACUCCGCUGAACCUGAAUCUAUGGCUGGUGUAUCCUAAACCAUGUAUUCGGUUCGUUCUGUAUUACUCUUGGUCUGGAAGUUAAAUGUCUGGUAUGGUCAGAACAGUUUACCUCGA